CGAGAUAUGAGACAUCGGCGUAGAUUGAGAUAUAUUCCAACGAUUAACUCCCAUAUACUCAGCAUUUAAUUGAGCCUACCUACACUAUCUAUACAAGGUGAUCAACCACCAGCCGGCGCGCAAUCACCCACAGGUAGAUUUCAGGGCUGAGCAUCUCAAGGAAGAGUAGAAUUCACCUUGACUAUGCGGGGUCCCGUGUUACUUCUCACUUACCUCGUCAACAGCGCGGCCGUGCUCUCCACGGUAUGCGCAUAUGUCGGAACAGCGCCGGGGAAAAUUCCACAAUUCCAAACCCUCCCUUCCUUACGGGAGCAAGCAGAACUAGUAGACGGAUGGACAGAGGAACGCAAAGCGCUUAUCCCAGGACUGCUGCGUAAAUAUGGCAUCGACGCCUGGCUGAUGAGCCAGCGAGAGUACGCCGAAGACACCGUCUUCUGGGCGCUCAAAGAAGCCACGCAGUUCUCCGCGCGACGGCGCACCACGCACCUAUUCCUCGCGGACCCGGUCGGCGGCGCGCCGACAAGCUACUCGUGGAUCGAGAACACGGACGCCGUGUGGACGGACCUGCGGAAGAUCCUGGCGGCGCAGCAGCCGCGAUCCAUCGCGCUCAACACGCACCCGGAGAUCGCGUUCGCCGGGGGCUUGCACGCGGGCGAGUUGGACGCCGUGGUGAAGGGGAUCGGGGAGGAGUGGAAGGAUAAGUUCGUGCUGGAGCCUAUGCUAGGCGUUGAGGUUAUCGCGACGAUGGUGAAGGGGAGGCUGCCGUGGUACCGCAAGAUGAUGGAGACGGCGUGGGCUAUUAUCGAGGAGGGUUUUAGCGAGAAGGUCAUCGUGCCUGGGAAAUCCACGAGUUGGGAUAUCGAAUGGUGGAUGCGAGAAAGGAUUCAGUCUCUAAAUUACACCACCUGGUUCCAACCCAGCGUAUUUAUCCUGACUGGGUCGGGAUUCCCAGCCGCUGAUGACGCUUCUACUAUGGAUGACCCCUCUGCUAUGGAUGACCCUCGCGCGCCGGACCGACCGAUCGCGUACGGGGACUUGAUUCACACGGAUUUUGGCGUAUCGGCUCUCAGCUUGAACACAGAUACGCAGCAUAUAGGAUACGUGCUUUACCCAGGAGAGACGGAGGCCGAUGUGCCGAAGGGCUUCGUCGAUGGCCUCAAGAAGGUCAAUAGGUUGCAGGAUAUCGUGAAGGAUAAUAUGAAGAUCGGGAUGACAGGUAACGAAAUCUUGAAGGCGGCUCUAGAGCAGGCGCACAGUGAAGGUAUCGAGGGUAAGAUCUACUGCCAUGCCACUGGAGAAUGGGGACAUUCGGCAGGAACUGUAAUUGGCAUGACCAACCUUCAGGACAAGGUUCCGGUGCUUGGAGAUCUCCCGCUGCUGAAGAAUACAUUUUACAGCAUUGAGCUUUUUGCAGAACAUUUCGUCCCUGAGAGGAAUAGGACCAUAGUCUUCCCCCAAGAAGAAGACGUGUACUGGGAUGACGCAAAGAACAGUUGGGAAUGGGUCUACGGACGACAAGAGCAACUCUUGCUAAUCAGGACACCUGCUGAAGAUACGUUGACAGAGCUUUGAAGUAACCAAGACUCUUGCAUAUACAUCACCCUAUUCUUAACUAGACAAACUUUGGUAUUUACAUGUUCUACAAAAGGGUACCGUGCAUUACAUAAUACGGUAUUCAUAUAGGUCCGGUGAGCAUACUUAUUU